CGGAGCGGAGGACUCGGCGAUCGACGGACCUAGGAGAGUCGGAGCCCCUGAAGCCUGAAAGAUGAAAGUCCCUUGUCUUUGCAACGUGGAGGAUGCUUCGCCGGUGACUCAGGCGUCGCUGCACGGGAUCUUGCGUCAAUCACGCGUCAGAGGCUCUUAAACAACCCAAUCAUCCAACGCGACGCGCGACGAAGGAUCAAUUCUCCAACUCCAAGGGGCCCUGCGGACAACGGGCGACCGGGCGACCCGCCCCUCCGACCACCGACAUGCCAAGCGCUAGCUGCAUCAAUGACACUGGCAUCCAUUAUCCACCGACCUCCAUUAUCCACCGGCCUCCAUUCCACAGCUCGACGGGGUAAUAUAAACCUCUUCUUUGCCCACUCUCAUCCUCAUCUGCUCAACCCAUCUCCAUCACACCCAUCAACCCCACAGCAAGCAAAACACCUUUCACAACCCCCUACCCUCAUCAUCAAACAACCAUCUCCCACCGCCCAAAAUGACCAUCAAUCACACCGGCAUCAGAGUCCCCGCGGCCCAGCACACCGCCAUCGUAGCCUGGUACGAGGCCGCCCUCGCCCCGCUCGGCUACACCAAGGCCAUGACCUUCAUGGACGACCUGGUCGUCGGGUUCGCCGACAGUUCCGGUGCCGUCGACUGGUGGGUGACCUCGUCGGCCGCCGUGCCCCCCGGGGUGCCUGCCCCUGAGCCCGCUACGGUGGGUGCGGAUGUGGCGGCCGCCUUGCCGACGCAUACUGCGUUCGCUGCGAAGGAUCGGGCUGGAGUCGAGGCAUUCCAUCAGGCGGCGGUUGCAGCUGGAGGAAAAUGCAAUGGCAAGCCGGGCCUCAGGGAUUACACACCGACCUAUUUUGCGGCGUUUGUACUGGAUCCGGCGGGAAACAACAUUGAGGCUAUUUGCCUUGCGGCGGUGUGAUUGGAAUAGGGACGAAACUGUACACGAACCGAAAUAUCUAAAUUGAUAUCUGCACAGUAGACCAGCCUUGCUCUCUCGUUCUCCCCCGAGGAGCGUUUACUAAAUGUUACCCGCGAGUUGACCUCCUAGCCGGCAUAUCGCAUUGCAUUGUCACUCAUAAUAACGGUGUAUGCAGCUGAGUGCGCCAGUCUUCUGC